CCCCGCGCGCCACCCCUGCACUUCCCCACCCCCACGACCGAACCUGCCUUCGCUAACGCCCUCCCAGCUCCCUCGGGCCUGACUUCCGGUUUCCUCGCGCGGCCCUGGCGCCGAGCCCGCGGACGGCGGUAGCCCCUUUCCGGCUGAGAGCUGAUCCACACUUCCAAUCACUUUCCAGAGUGCUUCCCCUCCCUCUGGCCCGUGGUGGUCCCGACGGCGGGCCUGGGUCUCGCGCGCGUAUUGCUGGGUAACGGGCCUUCUCCCGCGUCGGCCCGGCCCCUCCUGCCUUGGCUCGGCCCCUCCUGCCUCCGAUCUUCCGUCCUUCCAGAACGUCCAGGGCUCUUGCCCAGUCAGAGGAAAUGGGACUCCCUCCGCGACGCACCCGGAGCAGCUCCCUUCGCUGUGGAAGCGGCGGUGUCUUCGAAGAAACCGGAAGCCCCUGGUGACCCCUGGCGACCCGGUUUGUUUUCGGUCACCCGGUUUGUUUCCAAACACUAAGGAAUCGAAACUCGGCGGCCUUGGGGGCGGCCUUACGUAGCCUGGCUUCUGGCUGUCAUGGAUGCACUGGUAGAAGAUGAUAUCUGUAUUCUGAAUCAUGAGAAAGCCCAUAAAAGAGAUACAGUGACUCCAGUUUCAAUAUAUUCAGGAGAUGAAUCUGUUGCUUCCCAUUUUGCUCUUGUCACUGCAUAUGAAGACAUCAAAAAACGACUUAAGGAUUCAGAGAAAGAGAACUCUUUGUUAAAGAAGAGAGUAAGAUUUUUGGAAGAAAAGCUAAUAGCUCGAUUUGAUGAAGAAACAAAUUCCGUGGGACGAGAACAAGUAAAUAAGGCCUAUCAUGCAUAUCGAGAGGUUUGCAUUGAUAGAGAUAAUUUGAAGAGCAAACUGGACAAAAUGAAUAAAGACAACUCUGAAUCUUUGAAAGUAUUGAAUGAGCAGCUACAAUCUAAAGAAGUAGAACUCCUCCAGCUGAGGACAGAGGUGGAAACUCAGCAGGUGAUGAGGAAUUUAAAUCCACCUUCAUCAAACUGGGAGGUGGAAAAGUUGAGCUGUGACCUGAAGAUCCAUGGUUUGGAACAAGAGCUGGAACUGAUGAGAAAAGAAUGUAGCGAUCUCAAAAUAGAACUACAGAAAGCCAAACAAACGGAUCUGUAUCAGGAAGACAAUCUGAAGAGCAGAGAUCUCCAAAAACUAAGCAUUUCAAGUGAUAAUAUGCAGCAUGCAUACUGGGAACUGAAGAGAGAAAUGUCUAAUUUACAUCUGGUGACUCAAGUACAAGCUGAACUACUAAGAAAACUGAAAACCUCAACUGCAAUCAAGAAAGCCUGUGCCCCUGUAGGAUGCAGUGAAGACCUUGGAAGAGACAGCACAAAACUGCACUUGAUGAAUUUUACUGCAACAUACACAAGACAUCCCCCUCUCUCACCAAAUGGCAAAGCUCUUUGUCAUACCGCAUCUUCCCCUUUACCAGGAGAUGUAAAGGUUUUAUCAGAGAAAGCAGUCCUCCAAUCAUGGACAGACAAUGAGAGAUCCAUUCCUAAUGAUGGUACAUGCUUUCAGGAACACAGUUCUUAUGGCAGAAAUUCUCUAGAAGACAAUUCCUGGGUAUUUCCAAGUCCUCCUAAAUCAAGUGAGACAGCAUUUGGGGAAACUAAAACUAAAACUUUGCCUUUACCCAACCUUCCGCCACUCCAUUACUUGGAUCAACAUAAUCAGAACUGCCUUUAUAAGAAUUAAUUUGGAAGAGAUUCAUGAUUUCACCAUGAGGACACUUAUCUCUUUCAGUGGUCCUCCCAAGAAAUUAUUUAACAAACUGAAAGGGGAUUUUGAUUAAAAUUUUGCAGAGGUCUUCAGUAUCUAUAUUUGAACAUACUGUACAAUAUGUACAAAAACCAACAUAGUUGGUUUCCUAGUAUGAAACAGCACCCUCUAGCUCCAUAUUCUAAGAAUCUGAAAUAUGCUACUAUGCUAAUUAAUAAGUAAACUUAAGGUGUUUAAAAAAGAGAACUCUGCCUUCGAUAAUAAUUGUAAAAUUUUGCCUCUCAGAAGAAUGGAAUUGGAGAUUGUAGACGUGGCUUUACAAAGUGUGAAAUGUCUAAAUAUCUGUUCAUAAAAAGAAAAGGAAACCAUGUAUGUUGCUUCAAAUUGCAUAAUGGAACAAAUGGCGAUGUGAAUAGGUUACAUUUCUGUUGUUAUAAUGCGUAAAGAUAUUGAAAAUAUAAUGAAAUAAAAGUAUCUUAGGUUAUACCAUCUUUAUAUGCUGUUGUGUUUCAAUAUUUGAUUUAAAGUGAUUUUUUGGUCACAGUGUUUUGUUGAUAAAAUUUUAGAAUUGAAGUUUGAAUUCUAAGACUCGAAACAACCUGAUCACUGAAGCCAACUUUGUCCCAGCACAUUCCUUAAGUCCUAAUUGGAAAAAAAAAAAAAAUGAAAUAAUAGUUGAAAAACUCUGGAGUGUAAACAAAUGAUUGUAACCCUACACACUAUUCAAUAAGUAGUAGAAGGAGCAUCACACAGAUUUCAGUCUAAUCUGCCCUUCAGUGGGCCAUAAUAUAAACAUAAAUGUAUGUGUGUAAUGAUAAAAAGUCAUUUUCUUCAAAGGGACUACAGCUGCACGUUGUGUAGAGCAGCUUCUAAAUUGUUAGACUUUGUGUUGUAAUAUUCUAUUUAUUGAGAAAGUGAUUUUAAAUUAGAAUUUUUAAUCAUAGAAAUCAGGGUUUGGGCUGCAUUGAUAUUGUCAAUCAUGAAAUGUCCACACACUCAUUCUAAGUGGCCAAUUAUUUGUAAAUAAAGAAGGAAAUAAAGAUGGCUUCACAUGGAAAUUUAAGUUCUUUCAGGGUGGAGAUUUACUUGGUUCAUACACCUUUUGCCUGAAUUAAAGUAUUUCAUGUAAGAGGACUUUAUCCUUUUUGACAGACAGUUUCAUAUAUCUUGAACUCAAAAAAAUAUCUCAGAUCUCUUCUACUAUAUUAUUACUGAAUAGCAUACAUACAUAGACAAUGUUCACCAUUCACCAGAUAUUUUUUUCUUUCUAUUAUCUUACACUUAUUCAGGCUUGUCUGUGAUUAAUGGAAUUGGUGUCAGAUGCUGGAAUUUAUUCUGACCAAUGAACACAGCUGACUCAGGGGAGUACAAUCUCCUGCCAAGUAAUAGAACCAAACCCAAUAUGCAUAAAACAAAUACAAUACUCCAGGCUUUAGCUGAAGGAAGCAACUACCUGUGUAAUAACAAAGCAGCAAAAACUAUUUCUCAUGUGGCUGCAUAGGCUGUAUAUUAUAUCUGAUCUCUAAUGUAGCUUACUGGUUUGCCUUUUUUAAAACCAAAAUUGCAAAUUUUCCUUUGUAAAGAAAAAAAGUCUAAUGAGAUAAUUGCUUGAUUAAUGUUUUGAACAAUACCAAGAAAUUGUUUAAUUAAAAUAAAUUAUUUUUGUUUGAAAUUGAAGUGGAUGUGAAAUAUUGUCCUUGCCUAUAUAUCUCAAAGUCUGGUACUAAUUGUUGGUUGUUAAUAUGAUUCAUAUAAUAGACAUCUGUUAAACCAGCUUUUGAGUGGAGAAAAUUAUUUUCCAUUUAAACAGUACAGUGAUAAUUGAUAGCUAUCAAACAGGUAUACUAAAAAGUCAGUGACUGUGACAGUUUAAAGUGCUAGACAAAGGAUGUAUAAGGUUCUUUAGUAAGGAAAGAUUAACCAAAAAUUUUUUACCCAGCUAGAAGCUUUUAAAUCUACACUUGAUCAUCUCUGCUCUAGGUAAAAUUCAAAUAAACAAAAAACAGUGGCCCAUCUGUAGCUUAUGAAUCUAUUUAAAAUUGAAUAUUUUAUGUUGACUUCUUUCAUACUAGCUGAAACUUGCUCUAAAGAGCUUCUUUUGAAUCUUUAGGUUUCUUUUUAUAAGGUUCAAUUCAGUACAUCCAUAAAUUGACAGAAUGAAGAGAACAUAAAUAACAAAAAGCCACCUAUUCCUUCCUCUUGCUCCCUUAUUAAAGUAAAAUUUACAUCUGUAAGACUUACUGAGUUGCUGCCAAAAUGGAACUGAAUUCUUAAAAGCAGGAACGUGCCUAUGUGAAACAUUAGAAAACCAAAAUAUAUGGGAAAAUUCAGACUUGAAGAGCUGAAUGAUGUGACAACAAAGUCCUGAUCUUAAUUCAGAAAGGCUACUUGAAGAAGGUGUAUCUCAAGGGGUAAAAAACCUGUGGGUUAUCACAUAUUAACAGGGAAUAGUAUCAACAGAGGCACCCAUAAGCAAGCAAGACACAACUGAGACAGAUGUACCAGGUGAAAAAAAUCUUCAGUAUGGAUACGCAUGGGUAUUCUGAAGGCUACAAUGAAUGGUUUCAGUCUUUGACACAAGGAGGACGAACAUAUUAUUUGUAUUGUAUAAUCUAAUUUGGCUUCUAUGGGGAAAGCAACAUGUACAUAAGUGAAUUUUCUACAUGAAGUGGGCUACUUCUGAUUUUAAUCAAAGGUAUAAAAUAGAUUGUAUACUUCACUAGCUUCUUAAAGUAACUUUUCCAUUUUCAAUUAUCUCUAAAAACAGUUAACUUCCUGUGCUCUAGGAAAUGCACCAAUACCAAAGGUCAAUGUGGAAAUAUGGGCAUGUUUGCCCCUAUGCUGUGUGGUCUCUAGAUUUCUAUAUUUGCUUUGCUUUUGUCUGCUCUAGUAAUCUCCCUCCUUUUGAUCUGUGGCCUGGGAAAAUGUGGUUUCUUUGUAUUUCAAAUAAAAGUACAAUAGUUUUUUGAGUGGUUCACUCAA